AUGGAGAAAGAUUCAGGUAAAAUACUUUAUGAUGUCCAAGAGUUGGACUUGCUACAAACCACCUCACAUUCAUCUUCACAUACAGUUCUCAAUUCCCCUUCGGAUGAUAAUAGUUCUACUACUUCCAAAUGUUGCUGGAGUAGUUCUGAGUCUAUUCAUUCCGAUACAACUUUAAUCCCCACUACCAAGAGAAAUUUGAAAAAUAGACAUGUUCAAUUCAUUGCCAUAUCAGGUGUCAUUGGUACUGCAUUGUUUGUCACCAUCGGUAAACCAUUGUAUAAAGGUGGCCCUGUUUCAUUAAUCUUGGCUUUCAUCCUUUGGUGCAUCCCCAUUUUCGCCAUUACUGUCUCUACAGCAGAAAUGGUUUGUUUCUAUCCAGUAUCUUCACCAUUUUUACGACUGGCAAACAAAUGUGUUGAUGAAUCAUUGGCGUUCAUGGCAUCAUGGAAUUUUUGGUUUUUAGAGUGUGUCCAAAUUCCAUUUGAAAUUGUCUCAGUUAAUACCAUGAUUCAUUAUUGGACCACAAAUUAUUCACCUGCUAUCCCACUUGUAGUUCAAGUCGUAUUAUAUUUCAUUAUUUCCAUUACAGCAGUGAAAUACUAUGGUGAAUUAGAGUUUUGGUUAUCCUCAUUUAAAAUUAUUCUUGCCAUUGGGUUAUUUUUAUUCACUUUAAUUACCAUGUGUGGUGGGAAUCCAGAAAGAGAUCAUUUUGGCUUUAGAAACUAUAAAGUAGAACCCUUUAAACAAUAUUUCCCCAGUGGCAACCAUUCUCCUGCAUCCUUAGGUUAUUUCCAAGGGUUUUUAAAUUGUUUAAUCCAAGCAGCUUUCACCAUUGCUGGUGGUGAAUAUAUUUCCAUGUUGGCAGGUGAAGUUCAUUUACCUAGAAAAGUCCUUCCAAAGGCAUUCAAACAAGUCUUUUAUAGAUUGACUUUCAUCUUUAUUGGCUCUUGUCUUUGCGUAGGUAUCAUUUGUUCCCCCAAUGACCCAGAUUUGACUGCAGCCAUUAGUGAAUCAAGACCUGGGGCAGGUUCCUCACCUUAUGUCAUUGCCAUGAAUAAUUUAAAGAUUAGAAUCUUACCUCAUAUUGUCAACGUAGCUUUAAUCACUGCAGCAUUCUCUGCAGGUAACGCUUAUACUUACUGUUCUUCAAGAACAUUAUACGGUAUGGCGUUAGAUGGUUAUGCCCCCAAAAUUUUUUCUCGUUGCAACAAAUAUGGUGUACCUAUCUAUUCUGUCGUCAUCUCUUUAUUAUGGGCGCUCUUAAGUCUUUUACAAUUGAAUUCGAAUAGUGCUGUGGUAUUGAAUUGGUUAGUUAAUCUAAUCACUGCAUCUCAAUUGAUUAAUUUCUCAGUCAUUUGUAUCACCUAUCUUUUUUUCAGGAAAUCGUAUCGUGCACAGUCAAACGAUUUACCUUCUUUACCUUUCAAAUCUUGGUUCCAACCUUAUACUGCAAUCUUUGGUCUCGCUUGUGCUGUCAUUAUGAUAGGUGUUCAAGGUUAUACCACAUUGAUCCCUUCUAUUUGGUCAGUUCAAAAUUUCUUAUUCUGUUAUUUGAUGGUAUUCUUAAAUUUAAUCUUUUACUUUGUUCAUAAAUUCGGUUGGACUUAUUACAAGACUAAAUCUUUAAGUUUUAGAAAUCCAACACAAAUUAAUUUUAAAAAUGAUUUGAUGGUCAUUGAGAAUCAUGAAUUGAAAUAUGGGUUUAAUAAAUUCCAAUUUUUUUAUGAAUCAAAUAAAGUUUAA